AUGACCAACAGCCUGGGCGCCUCGAAAGCUUAUGCCAAGAGUGAACUGCUCUACAUGCCCAUUAUCGGCUGGGUCUUUUACUUUGGCGAGUUUAUCUUUCUGAAGCGCGACUGGCGCAACGACGCCAAGAGCAUUGGCCCCUCGCUGGACACACUGAUGAAGUCGCCCUACCCCAUGCUGCUGCUCAUCCUCCCUGAAGGCACCCGAUUUACACCGGAAAAGUAUGCCGCCGGAAUGGCGUACGCCAAGGAGCACGGCCUCGACGUCAAAUUGAAACAUCAUCUUCUUCCUCGUGUGAAAGGAUUUGCCAACUCUCUACGCCAUCUCCAGUCCAACUACAAGGGUAGCUUUGGCCUGUACCACAUUCAAGUCCUGUCACGUUCCACCGAAGGGGCAGGCGCCUUUGAGCCGACGCUCACCAACUUCUUUGCCGGCAAGCCGAUGAAGGUGGACUGCUACAUUGAGCGAAUUAGUAAUGAGAAGCUGCCGGCUGCCGAAGCAAGCGACGAGGAGCAGGCCAAGUUUCUCUACGAUGCCUUCGAGCACAAGGAUAAGCUAAUUGAAAGCCAUCGAGAGCAUCAUCGCUUUCCAACGUCGUUAAUGACAGUGAAGAAGCGAAUUUAUGCGGGAAUUUUCCUCAUUAUCAACCUUCUACAAAACUCGCAAUACGGCGCCAAGAAGAGCAACAAAGCAGGGGGAAAGCAGAGCAUGAAAAAUAAUGGAACCACCACUACUGCUACAAAGAAUGGAGGCUUCGCAAAGGACAAUUAA